AUGGAGCAGCAGGAAAGGGAAUAUCGUGAGAGUGAAGAGCGUGAUCGUGCGCUGAUCGCAGAACGUCGACGCCAGCGGGAACAAAAGGAAGAAGAACAAAGGAUGCAAAAAGAGCAAGAAACGGAACGCGCAGCUAAAGAAGCUGAACGAAUGAAAGGUCUUCGCGAAUUGCGUGACGAAUUUAUCAACAAUAGUCGUUCUGACGAUUAUAAUGGAGAAGACUCGAUCAGAGUCCUCGUUCGUUAUCCUUCUGGAGAAACGAGUCAACAUAGGUUUUCGCCAAGAGAAAGCGUAAAAAAUCUCUUUGAAGUUGUUUUUGCAAAGCCAUGUUGUCCUUGGUUCUUUGAAGCUUACUAUGGAUUCCCACGUGCAAAGCUCAACUUCUGCUCUUACAGAUACCAUGAACUCCUCAGCGAUUUUCGCCUUUCUCAGAACCAGGAUACUGAACCAUGGGAGGUGCCAAAAACGUUUGAAGAACUUGGCAUUUCGUUCUCGCUUACAGUUUACAUCAGUGAUGUAGAAAACUAA